CUGAGGAGCACUUCAGUGUCAUUGUCAGUAAAUAAUAAUAUUACUGAUUUGUAAAUAAUUGUUUAUUAAUUUGAAGUGGUAAUAUUAGUGUGGUUUGAAUCUAAAAGGUCUAUUCAAAAUGUUACUUUCAUAGUAUAUAAUGUUUAGCUCUCUUCAGAAUACUUCCAUUUUGUUGUGCUUCCAGAAUUUUAGUUUGCUCAUGUAAAUUUAUAUUCAAAAAUGGGUUUGUGUGUAAAUAAGCAGGCUAGUGCAUACGGCUACAUAAACUUCAUGAUAUUUUGCUACAUAUCCAGCUAUGUAUUGAGGUAACACUUGAAAAUUAGUAGAAUAGCUUGCUGUAGAAAACUACGCUGCUGCCUCAACAUAUUGCAUACAGAAAACAUAACCUUUCUGUACAAAAAUGAACCAGGUACUAGUUUGGAAAGAUAUUGAUAAACUCGAGUUGAGAUACGCACCUGACAUCACUCCUCCUGACGAUUUUAUCAAGUUGAGCUGUACUAAUAACUAUGUGUUUUUACUAGAUAAGAGUGGAACCAUUUGGUAUGGGGAGGUUAGUAAUGGAAUGUUUUUGACUCUGAAUCGAUCAGAUAUCAAAGCUGAGGAUAUUGCUUGCACUUCAACACACCUGUUUUUUAUCACAGAGAAUGGGAGAGUGUUCAGAGCUGAUGUUAACAAUUUAAAUACUUAUGAAGAAGUGAUUUUACAUGAGGAUGCAAACACCUGCUGUCACGGUUAUGUCACUACUAGUCAGCGGAUAGCGGUGAAACACAUUGAAGCGGGAGGCAUGGGUGUUCUAUUCCUCUCAGACAGCGGCCAGUUAUGGGCAAUGGGAGACUAUCCACAGUUAGAUAUAUCUUCAGUAGAUGGCCCCAAGAAGGUGGCGUUUUUCGAAGGCAGACAUGUAAUAUCUAUGGCGUGCGGCAGGGAUUUCAAUGUGGUUGUAGUUCACAAACGCGACGACCACUGUCCGAUCGGUAAUAUGGAUGCGGACGAAGCGGAAGUGUUUAUCUCAACUUGUCCACAGUGUGUGAACGAGAAUAUAAUGUCGCCAUUGUCUCCACAAUCGUUGACCGAUUUGGAAAUUAAACGAAAACACUCGAACGAUUCGGUGAGUGUGUCCACAUCGACUAGUAGAAAUAUCGAUAGCGAGGAUAAGAGGAGUGACAACGAGAACACAUCGUCCUCGACCGAAGGAGAUUCCGUUCACAGAGUGAAGACAAAAGUAGGUAGCGGAGAUUUGGACUCGGAUAACUCGGACAGCGCUGAAGAAGAGAAGAACGAUCGUAUGAGCAGGUUACUGAUGAAUACUGAGGCGGCAAGACAAUUCUUCACCCGUCAGCUGUCGUGGAUGUCGUCAGGUGGCGAGGAAUUGUUGGCAGAGGUGUCGGGACCAACGAAAAUCAUUAAGAAAAACGUGACAACGAUGGCCAGCUAUGUUUAUGAAGGCGUGAAAACAGUCGGAGAUAAGGUGGCCACACUGUCGAGACACGUCAGUGGCGGGUCGGAUAAUAAUAGCGAGUCUUUUGAAGAGUUCCUCACCGAUGAUCUUAACCCGUCGUCUACGUCAAGUUUGAGGUGUGAAUGGUCGUGUAGCGGAGGCUGCAGCGACGUGUCGGGGGCCGACCGGGUGGGGGCAGGGGGCGAAAAACUGGCCCUCUACCUGAGCCGAGGGGCGCGCCUCAUUAAGACUGAGGUGUGGGCCUGGGGUGGGGCGCAGCAUGGACAACUUGGGUCGGGCGAUAUUGUGCCCAGGAAUAAACCAGUGAUCGUGUCUUCGCUGAUGCACGUGGGCGCGAUGCGCGUGGAGUGCGGCUGGUCGCACUGCGCAUGCGUGACGCUGACAGGCCGCUGUGCGCUGUGGGGUCGCAACGACCUGGGCCAGAUCUGUGACCUGACCAAGGGCAGCGACCAGUCCUCGCCCCAUGUGUGGGGCCACACGUCGCAGGCGGUCACUGGGGCAAGGCACACCCUGCUGCUGGCACCUGAUAGCACCCUGCACUGGCUUGGCAAGCACAGGCCUGAAACACUAAACAGCAACAACACAGAACUUGACAUAUCAGAGUACAUCUUAGAUGGCAAGUACACCAAUGACUCCUCCUCUAUCACAACAGAAACCGAAAGCGAAACACCUGUGAACCAUAACAAAGACAACAACACCACUGUGAGCUCUAUGACGUCAACAAAAGGAGAAAACAACAUUCAUGAGACAUCAAUAGUAGAAAACAACACGUCUAUUAACUCUUUGUCAGAAAACAACGUAACUGUGACGUCAAAUAAUGGAGAAAACAGCACAACUGUGAACUGUUCGUACUCAGGAAAAGAAAAUAACAUAGCUGUGAACUGUGUGGGAGAAAAUAACACACCUUUUGCUUCAUCUGGAGUAGUAAACAAGGUUCCAGAGGCAAAAGAAAGCAAAGCAUCUGGUGUGACGUCAUCUAGGGGAGAAAGCAACACAUUUGUGAACGGUGCUUCAUCGAGGGGUGAAAGCAACACAACUGUGAACGGUGCUUCAUCGAGGGGAGAAAGCAACACAACUGUGAACUGUGUGACGUCAUCAAAGGGAGAAAGCAACAUCGCUGUGAAUUCAAGAGGAGUAAGCAACAAUUGUGUGACGUCAUCUAGUAAGACAACUGUUAACUGUGUGACGUCAUCAAUGGGAGAAAGCAACAUCGCUGUGAAUUCAAGAGUAGUAAGUAACAAUUGUGUGACGUCAUCUAGUCAGACAACUGUUAACUGUGUGACGUCAUCAAGGGGAGAAAGCAACAUUGCUGUGGAUUCAAGAGGAGAAAAUAACAAAACUGUGAACUCGAGAGGAGAAAACAACACAACUGUGAACUGUGUGACGUCAGCAAGGGUGCCAAUCCGAGUGCUGAGCUCUGGUGACGUCAGCAUGUGCAUUGUGGGUCGUCCGCCGAUGACGUCAGACCUCAAACUGAAUUCGGACCUGGCGAACGAGCAGUGCUUCCUCGAGGAGAUGGUCAGCUUCCACUCGACCAUUGUGCGGCCACUGUCACGGCGGUCGUGUAUCGACGACAUUGUUGCCAAUCUCUGUUCGAGAUAUGCAGACCUAGUGCACUUGACAGCUUUGAACGUGGCCACCCUCUACCAAGGCGUGCCAAGCAACAUCCUCCUUCACUCUCACACCGACGAGCACCUCCUUGUCUACGAGCGAUACUCCCUGGCCGUCUGCAAUGUGAUCGCCAUGAGCGCAUUCACGCAGAUUGCGCGACUAGUCGAGAUACCGCAGCGACUGAUCACCUGUUUCUCGGACAGGUUGCCCUCCAGGAAGACGUCGCCUGAGAGUUUGCUGACGUUUGCGUUUCUCAGUCCGCUCAGUCGGAUAUCGUUCUAUAAGAUGAUGUUGAGCCGUGGUUCGUCGGAGGCGUCUGGGGAGGUGCAGCGCUGGGAGGUGUUCUGCGAGGCCCAGGAUGCGGCCAGGAAGCUGGCUGAGGCAACGAGGGUGUUCUGGGAGAGCUCGGGACGUCUAGUCGAUACUUUGAGGACGCCGCAACGACGUCUGCUGCGCGAUUCCAAGACGCAUGCGCUGACCCUGCACAAUGCCUCCCGAUUCAGUAACCACUGGUUCAUACUUCUGUCGGAUGCAUUUGUGCACAUUUCGGGCGCCACGCAGACCAUCCACUCGCUUGACACUCUGUGGGUCGAACCUGCUCAGGAUACCGAUAACCUACAGAACGGGCUGCUAAUAACCACACCGGAAGACAGCCUUCAGCUGGUGGCGCCAUCUGCCCACGAGAAGGUGGACUGGAUGGUGGCGUUGCAGGAUGCUCUUAAGAAGAGGUUGAGCCGUAGUCCGGUGCCUACUGUUAGAAACGCCUCCUAUACGUUCACCAAACAUGCCACCUACAAGGAUGCCACCUAUAUGGGCCGCUGGGUGUCGGGCAAGCUGGAAGGCAAGGGCAGACUGGAAUGGACGGAUGGGCGCUGGUAUGUGGGCAUGUUCAGGUGCAACCAGUUGCAUGGGCCCGGACGCAUGCACACGCCCAACCACUGCGAGUAUGACGGACAGUGGCGAGACGGACUGCAGAACGGAUACGGAUGCACCAAAUACCAGAACGGUGACGUGUAUGAAGGUUACUACAAGGACGGUCUAGCCUGUGGCUACGGCACAUUGAAGAGCGGCCAUUUUAUGACGAAUUCGGCCUACACAUAUUGCGGCGAGUGGGUGGCCGGCCAAAAGCAGGGCUAUGGUGUUAUGGAUGACAUCACCACUGGGGAGAAAUAUAUGGGCUGCUGGAAUAAUAACGUGCGAAACGGAAAUGGACUGAUUAUAACAAGAGAUGGCAUCUAUUACGAAGGCAUUUUCUCCCAAAACGAGUUGACUGGCCAAGCGCUGAUGAUGAUGGACGAUGGUGCGUACUUUGAGGGUGAAAUGAAGUCGGCGGGCGUACUGAACGGAAGGGGUAGCCUGGUGCUGGCUGGAGGGGACCGACUGGAGGGCAGCAUGCACGGCGUGUGGAGUGAGGGCAUUAAGGUGACGGGGGUGUUCCACAAGGGGGCGUGCCCCCCGCCUCCCGCCACUGCUAGGCGGGACAAGCCCAAGUCGUUCGGCAAAUUCGCCACCCACCCCAACCAGAAGUGGAAGGCGAUUUUCCGCCAGUGCUACGCAGUGAUGGGUGUCGCGUGGGAGUCGCCACAGUCGCAGCGACCGACGGCUGCAGUCGCGGCGACCGGCGACCAGUCGCAGCGCGCCUGGGAGGGUGUAGCCGCGGGCUCUGGGGUCGGCGCAUGCGCACAGACAGCUUUCGACAGUAACCACCAUCCACUUGGCAUAGCAUUGGCAGAAUUGAGCCGGGCUUACAAAAACACAUACGGCACACUUGCGAUGCAGGAGCAUGCGCACCUGUUGCUGCAACAUGCUGUGCUGGAGCUGCACUCACUAAUAGAGCGUCUCUAUCAGGCUGUCAGGUGUCUCUUUCCGGCGCUGCCUGCGCCUGGCACUGAGCUGGUCAUCAGUGAAAGUGAAGUAGCGAGCAUGGCAACCGUGCUUCACCCUGAGAUACUGCCUCGUGUGUGCUCGUGUCUGUUCGACCUGUACACACACGACAACGAACACGAAAACGAGGCGUUUAGGAAGAGGUUGCUAGAGCUCAACCAGUACUCUGACGAGACCCUCAUGUCGUUCCUCGAUAUUGACAGAGUCGGAAUUGGUAAUCAAGAGCUCAACGGACUUCUUAGGGGUGAAACUGGAGGAAGGGAAACUAUGGACGAACAAGAAUGGCGAAUUUCACGAGCAGCCUUUUUCAUGGCAAUUGUCACACUGCAGCAUCUCAAGACCACUUUUAUUCCCCUCGAGAAGUUCAUGGUACUGCGAGAAACAUUCGAACGCAUGAAAGAGGAGGUGAAAGUAAAGCUGGGCGAAGACUACCUAUGGACCACAGAUCGUAUAAUUCCACUUCUAGAGUUUGUCAUAGUUCGAUCUCAGAUUCUCCAUUUGGCGUCCGAGGUGAAAUUCAUGAGCGAUUUCAUGGAGGAGCGCUUCAAACUUGGAGAGUUCAACUACCAUUUCACCAACUUGAACGCUUGCUACAAGCACAUUCUAGAGGAGAAAAAGAGUGUGGUAAGCUAACACUAGAUCAUUAGUUCAAAACCUCGUUCUUCUAGUCACUGAUCCUGUUCAAAAUACAAGAUAACAUAAGAUACGGUUUUCCAAAAUCAAU